CUUGACACUGUUUAUGGAAUCAAAUAUGGGGAACGUUACAAACGAAGUGUUGUCAAGGAGUUCAGACAAGGAUCCAUCGUAGUAGAUGCUGAUCUGAUAUUCAAUAAUGUGACAGUUCUACCAAAUACCAAUGAUGUGGCUCAAACGUUGGUGAAUGCUUCCUCUGGUGGAAAUUUCACCCUUCCUCUCAACACAUCUAGUGUUUUAGCAACAACUGUUUCAGCUACAACUCCAGUACCAGCUACAACUACAGCUGCAACACCAGUGAAUUCAACAUCAUUAACAGUCAGUGCAACUUCACCAGCAAUCAAUGCAACUUCACCUCCACUCACUGCAACUUCACCAGCAGUCAACAUGACCUCACCUCCACUCAAUGCAACUUCACCAGCAGUCAACAUGACCUCACCUCCACUCAAUGCAACUUCAGCUCCACUCAAUGCAACUUCAGCUCCACUCAUUGCAACUUCAUCAGCAGUCAACAUGACCUCACCUGCAUUCAAUGCAACUUCACCUCCACUCAUUGCAACUUCAUCAGCAGUCAACAUGACCUCACCUGCACUCAAUGCAACUUCACCUCCACUCAUUGCAACUUCACCAGCAGUCAACUUGACCUCACCUGCACUCAACGCAACUUCACCUCCACUCAAUGCAACUUCACCAGCAGUUAAUAUGACCUCACCUCCACUAAAUGCAACUUCUCCUCCAGUCACUGCAACUUCACCAGCAGUCAACAUGACCUCACCUUCACUCAAUUCAACUUCACCAGCAGUUAACAUGACUUCACCUCCACUCAAUGCAACUUUUCCUCCAGUCUCUGCAACUUCACCAGCCAUCAACAUGACUUCACCUCCACUCAAUGCAACUUCACCAGCAGUUAACAUGACCUUACCUCAGCUCAAUGCAACCUCUCCAUCAGUUCCACCAGUUAGUGCAACUUCACCAGCCAUCAACGUGACUUCACCUCCACUCAACGCAACUUCACCAGCAGUCAACGUGACUUCACCUGCACUCACGGCAACUUCACCUGCAGUCAACAUAACCUCUCCCCCACUCAAUGCAACUUCUCCACCACUUACUGCAACUUCACCAACUUUCAACAUGACCUCACCUCUACAAAAUUUAACAUCCCCACCAGUCAGCAUUACUUCCCCACCACUCAAUACAACUGCAGUACAGCUGCUUUCCACCAUUUCACCAACAGCAACCAAUGCAACAUCUGCUUUUAAUACAACAACUCAGACCAUGGCUACUUCCAAUGCAACAACUGCUACUACAACUGCAGCACCCACUGCCACCACUACAACUGCAGCACCCACUGCCACCACAGCAGCCACAAAUCCUCCUACAGCCAAUGAGGGAACCCUGGGUUUUACGUUUAGUCUGAACCAAACUUUUACACCUGAUCUUGCUGAUAAAAGCACAGCUGCAUUCCAGAGUUUGGCCACAAGAGUGGUCAAUGAGGUAAACAGAGUGUGUAAACAGCUCUAUGGAACACGUUUUCUUCGAUCCCUUGUCAAUAAAUUCAGGAGUGGAUCUGUCAUCCCCGACAUGACUCUUGUGUUCCAAGAUAACGCCUCCGUUCCCUCAGUGGUCAACGCAACUACAGAACUUAGUACUGAACUUGCCAACAGUACAGUCCUGACUGUUAUACCAGGCAGCGUCAAUGCAUCCACCACCACUACUACCACGACUGUUGCUCCUGCUACAACAUCGUCUGCAGCUACCAAUGGAACAACAGCUACAACUGCAAUUACCAAUGGAACAACAGCUACAACUGCAACACCUAUAAAUGCAACAACAAUUACCAAUGGAACUGCAACUGCUACAUCUGCAACAUCUGCAACCAACGGAUCAACUGCUACUACAAUAACCACUGCCACCACAGCAGCCACAGAUCUUCCUACAGCCAAUGAGGGAACCCUGGAUCUUACAUUUAGUCUGAACCAAACUUUUACACCUGAUCUUGCUGAUAAAAGCACAGCUGCAUUCCAGAGUUUGGCCACAAGAGUGGUCAAUGAGGUAAACAGAGUGUGUAAACAGCUCUAUGGAAUACGCUUCCUUCGCUCUCGUGUCAAUAAAUUCAGGAGUGGAUCUGUCAUCCCCGACAUGACUCUUGUGUUCCAAGAUAACGCCUCCGUUCCCUCAGUGGUCAACGCAACUACAGAACUUAGUACUGAACUUGCCAACAGUACAGUCCUGGCUGUUAUACCAGGCAGCGUCAAUGCAUCCACCACUACUACUACUACUACUACCACGACUGUUGCUCCUGCUACAGCAUCGUCUGCAGCUACCAAUGGAACAACAGCUACAACAGCUACAACAGCUACAACAGCUACAAAUGCAACAACAGCUACAAAUGCAACAACAGCUACAAAUGCAACAACAGCUACAAAUGCAACAACAGCUACAACAGCUACAACUGCAACAACAGCCACAACUGCAACAACAGCUACAACUGCUACAACAGCUGCUUCAGCUUCAGGGACAAAUCCUCCUUCAGCGGACGAGGGACGCCUUGGUCUACGAUUCCGCAUGGAAAGAACAUUUACAUCAGAUUUAAACUCCACUGGAUCAGUAUCUUUCAACACGCUAGCUACAGAAGUGGUUGGAGAGGUAAUAUUCAUACUGCACUAUAAUCUUUACUAG